AUGAGUCUAUUGCAAUCAAGAGAUCAUCCAGCAGCCGAUGCGAACUGGAUUUCUGAGGUCUACAAAGAUAAGAUACGUUCUAUGCCAGCGUAUAAGGCAUCCGACAUCCGGGAGCAUAUCCAAACAGAUUAUGGGAUUGACGUGAAAUAUCAUAAAGCAUGGCGUGGCAAAGAGAAUGCGAUAAGGGCAAUUAAUGGUGGAGGUAGAGACAGUUUCUCACAACUUCCGUGGUACUGUCAUGCACUUCGGGAGUCAAAUCCGGGAAGUAUUAUAGACUGCGAAGUUGAGCAGGCAACCAAACGUUUCCAACACCUUUUUGUUUGUUUAGGUGCAUGCCGGCUGGGUUUUUUGAGGGGUUGCAGGCCCCUACUCUUUCUUGAUGGGACACAUAUAAAAAACAAACACAAAGGGUGUCUGCUAAGUGCAAUUGCAGUGGAUGGGGAUGAUGGGAUGUUUACUUUAGCAUUUUCUGCUGUGUCUACGGAAAAUGAUGAAAAUUGGGAGUGGUUUUGCUGGAAGCUGCGAUCUGUUUUAGAAUGUGAGGGACGUACGGAUUGGAAACAGUACACAUUCUUCUCGGAUCGGCACUCGGGUUUACUAAAGUCAAUCUCGUGCGUCUUUCCCGGAGCACAUCAUGCGUACUGUCUCCGACACUUAGUGGACAACUUCCGUACCCAGGUUAUGCGGAGAUACCCAAUGCAUAAUAAGAAACGAUGGACCGCUGUCUUCAAUAAGGCCGCCUAUGCUCCGUUGAGGAGAGAUUUCGAAAACCACAUUAGUUCUGUGGUCGAAUCAAUGCCAUUGGCCAGGGACUUCAUUACCCAAUCACACCCAGAAUGUUGGGCAAAUUCACUAUUCAGAGGCACUCGUUGGGGAAUAAUAAAUAAUAACAUUGCUGAGUCAUGGAAUAGUUGGGUGAGAUCCGCGAGGUCAAUGCCAUUCGUUGGGAUGUUGGAUACCAUUAGAAGGCAAGUGAUGGUAAUGAUGAAUGAACGCCGCGAAAAGUCGGAGAUAAUGCACGGAAGGCUCUGUCCAAAACAGGAGAGCAAGUUGGCACUAUCGUACAUGGCGUCUCGACGGCUACAGUGCAGUUCAUCCUCUAGAACUGUAUUCGAGGUAACAGAUUGUAAUGAAAGAUACGCAGUCAAUUUGGAGGCGCGCAAAUGCUCUUGUCGAGAAUGGCAAAUGUUCCGAUUGCCCUGCAAGCAUGCCUGCGCUUGCAUUGAAAAAUGCAGUAUGUCAAUUUAUGAUUUUUGCGAUCUUUAUUAUAGCAUUGAAUCUUACAGAAAAACGUACCAGGAGCCAAUAAAUCCCGUACCGACGCAUGAUAUGGACGUGAUUGUUGAAAUUCAGGCGGACCAAAUUCACCCUCCUCCGUCGUCUGUCCAACCAGGCCGGCCAAAGAAGCGAAGGUUCGAGUCCCAGCAGGAUGUAUAUUUUUCAUGUACUGAGGCAUUUGAUGAUGUAGCUCUGUAG